AUGGGGAAGAGCGAGCUGAAGGCCAUGGCGAACCGGAUGAAGGCCAAGGGGCUGCAGAAGCUGCGGUGGUACUGCCAGAUGUGCGAGAAGCAGUGCCGCGACGAGAACGGCUUCAGGUGCCACUGCUCGUCGGAGUCGCACCAGCGGCAGAUGGCCGUCUUCGGCCAGGCCCCCGACCGCGCCGUCGAGCGCUUCUCCGGCGAGUUCCUCGAGGCGUUCCUCGCCCUGCUCCGCCACGGCCACCGCGGCUCCCGCGUCGCCGCCACCGUCGUCUACAACCAGCUCGUCGCCGACCGCCGCCACGUGCACAUGAACUCCACGCGCUGGGCCACGCUCACCGAGUUCGUCCAGUUCCUCGGCCGCCAGGGCCUCGCCACGGUCGAGCACACGCCCAAGGGCUGGUUCAUCGCCUACGUCGACAGAGGCUCCGAGCAGGCCGCCAAGGCCGGGCUCAAGCGCAAGAGGGUCCAGUCCGAGGAGCUCGUCAUUGCCCGGCAGAUCGAGCGUGCCCAGAAGAAAUCCAUGGCCGAGGCCAAUGGUGCCGACAAUGGCGACCUCGGGAAGAUUGAGGAUGCGUAUUCGGGACCAGGCGACGCUGAUCAAGAAGAGUUCAACAAGGCAACCGGGAAGGUUGCGAUCGCACUCCGGCGCGCUGCUCCGGCAACGCCUGAGGUUAAGCCAGAGAUGAAAUUUGGCUUGGAUGAAGAGGAGGAGGAGGUGAUCAACAACAAGGGGAAAGACGCAGGGAAAUCAACGGGUACGAGGAGGUCAGCCAUUGAUGAUCUGAUGGAGGAGGAGGAGAAGGCCAAGGACCGGAGCAACAGGAAGGACCACUGGCUGUGCCCCGGCAUCGUGGUCAAGGUGAUGAGCAAAUCACUGGCCGAGAAGGGGCACCACUACUACAAGCACAAAGGGCUGGUGAAGAGGGUCAUAGACAGGUACGUCGGCGAGAUCGAGAUGCUGGAGAGCAAGCAUGUCGUCAGGGUCGACCAAGAUGAGCUCGAGACCGUCGUCCCACGGAUCGGCGGGCUUGUGCGGAUCGUCAAUGGCGCCUACCGGGGAUCGAAUGCGAGGCUGCUCUCGGUGGACAUGGAGAGAUUCUCCGCCAAACUGCGCAUUGAGAAGGGCCUCUAUGAUGGGAGAAUUCUCGAGGCUGUCGAGUACGAGGACAUCUGCAAGGUUGCUGAUUAG